AUGCCUGGUUCUUACCAGCGUGGAACAAAAAGAGGUAAGACUAUCCGAUUUCCCUUAUCUAUACCUGUUUUACCAGUUGCCUCCCCUUGAAAUGCCUGGAAUUCCCUCUGCUACCCCUCAACCAACCAACCCCCCCCCCCCGCCUGCCUUGUUCCCUUGUAACUCCUGAAAUUGGGGUAGUUAGGGUUUGAACAGAGGGUAUUCUGGAAAGGAAUAUAGCUCCCUCUCUAUGGGCUUCAAAACUGCCGAAAACCCCAGAGAGCCACUGCCAGUCAGUGUAGGCAUUGCUGAGCUAGCUGGACCAAUGUUCUGACUUCUCAUAAAGCAACUUCCUGUUCUCCCAGAGAGUAGAAGACGCUUAAUUUGGUUGCUGCAAAAAGAGUCUUGUGGUGCCUUGAAAGAUAACCCAUCCCAUGUCUCCAUACCAUAGUAAAUUUGUGAGUCUGAAAACACCACAGGUCUCUUUCUUUGUGUGUGGGUACUGUGACAAACUGAAGCCACAAUACUGUACCUGCUUUCCUGGUGACGAAGCCCCUGUGAACUUGGUGGGGCGUGCUGAAUGUGAUCCUGUACAUCUAGGAAUGUAAAAGGAUUGCUUUGCCAGGCUGCAGUCUUGCUAGCACUUGCUUGGGAGUAAGUUCUGUUGAACUCAGUGAAGUUUGCUUUCGGAUAGACCCGGCUGGGAUGGCCUUAACAGGGCUACCCCUCUUAAGGAUUUCUUUUUCAUCGACUGAAGGGAAGAUAUAACUGUUAUGUUGGUUCUGUGGGUUAGAACAAGGUGGUUGUUUUUAUUUUUUAAAAAAAAGUUUGGCGCUCCAACAUCAGUCAUAUAUUUUUCCAAAUCUGCCUCUUGGAGAGGAGUUUUGAAGGCCAGGGGUGGUCAGUUUUACAGCUGUACUGAGCCAAAUAGACUCUGAAACUGUAAACAGACUCUGCUGACAAACCCAAUUUGCAGCUGGGUUUAAUGACAAAAAUCUCACAUAUGUAUAGACUGGGGAAAACCCCAGUCAUUUUGGUUUACAAGUAUUUCAUCCUGGCAUCUGGAAUCUUAACUCUGCCCCAGGGUUGUUCCUCUUAACUAUUUUCUAAAGGUCUCCUUGCCAUUCUGCUAUGAAGCUGCUCUUAAUCCGGCCCCAACCAUAUCACCACAAACACAGGCAAUAUGGCUGUACAGGGAAAGGUGGGCUAUGGGAUGGUUUUCCUUUUAAGAACAUGAGGAGAGCUCAGAGUGGCCUGCCUGGUCCAGCAUCUUGUUCACACCGUGUCCGAACACAUGUCGACGAGAAACGCACAAGCAUUAGCAAAGCUCUGCACCUGCAGUUUGCAGCAACUGUUAACUCAGGACAUGCUUCCUCCCACAGGCUUAGCAGCCACCGAUGGCCUCAUUCUCCCUGAAUUUGUCUAUCACUGCCACCUGGGGGAGUGGAUUCCAUAGUUUAACUCUGAACUGAUGGGAAGAAGUGCUUCCGUUCUUUCCCCCUGAAUCUCUUUUACUAUGUGCUGGGAAGUAAAAUCGCACAACUCUUGCCCAAGAAACCCUGAAUCAAGCUGAACAUACCUUGCGUUGAACUGUGUUUGGGAGACUCGUUCUCCAUCCCAGGCUCAUCUGUAGAUCUCCCCUGACCUUAGUGCCUUAAGCCAGUCUCCUCCUCUGAUAAGGGAGCGCAGGUCUUCAGUAGCUGUAGAGGAGGCGUCCACUCUAUCUGACGGGAGCUUCUUCCCGUCGUCAGGUGUUGUCUUUUGGGAACUGGGGCAGAGGGACUGGUUCGGUAGAAGUGCGUCGGCUCCCCCGAGCGUGUAUCCGAGGUCUGAAACGUGCCCUGUUCUCUUGUUUUCUCUUUGCCAGGCCUCUGCGCAGCAGCCCCCGUGAGAGCAAGCCGCAGCUGCCUCUCGUCUGGUGCCCAUGUGCCCGCCCCCAGCCCUGCGCCCCAGCAGCACGCUAUGAGCAGAGGUGUCACUCGAGGCAGAGGUUCAGAUCAGGUGCCCCCAAAACAUAGCGGCCUCUCUAACCCAGCUUUCUUUAACGGUCCUCUUGUCCCGCAGGGAGGCGAGGAUUUUCGGCAGCGGCAGGUCCUCUUCCUAAACGGGCAGCUCGCUGAAGCCCCGCUGUGGCAGCCCCGGGCGCAGCGACCCCAACUGUACCAGGGCUACCACCGAGGUCCAGGCACCUUCUCACCUCCCCAGAGCUCCCAGCACAGCAGUUGGGGCGCAGCCAGGAGGCUUCCUUGCAACAGUAGCUGGCAGGAGCAGAAGCAGCUUCCCCAGCCCCCCCGGCCGAGGUACAGCGGCAGUUCAAGGAGGGAAGUUGACGGGCUCAUCACAGACUUACGGCACCUGACGCUCUCCGGCCAAGGAGUUGAGCAGCGGCUCUUGGAGAUCUUGGGGCAGCUCCGACCUGGGGAGGCCGAAUCUGCCCGCUGCCUUGCCCGUAAACUCGAAGUGCAGAAGAAGGAGGUCAAUCAUCACCUCUACAGGCUUCUUACGCGAGGGCAGUUGUGCAAAAUAGGGGAGCACCCUCCGUUGUGGAGGUUAGCAGACAGCCCUAGGCCCCAGGGAGCGUUGAGAGAAGGGAACUCCGCCGGCCAGAGGGGCCAGGGCCGAUUCCCAGUUCCUGGGGUUGGAGGAGGAGGAGAAGAGAGCUCUGCCUCUGACCCAGAGGACUAUCCCGAUUCCGCUGCCAUGGCCGAGGUCAGGGAGAAGAUCUGCAACUACCUGUUCAGCGUCGCGGACUCGACGGCGCACGACCUUGCCAAAAACAUCGGCCUCUCCAAGGCCCGGAACGUGAACUCCACCCUGCUGUCCUUGGAGAAGCUGGGGGAGGUGUGCAAGGAGAACGCCAACCCCCCUAAGUGGUCCCUCACGGACAACAAGCGCAAGAGGAUGCAGAACAAGCAGAAGGCGGAAGAGGUCAGGGAAAUGGCCGCCCCUGCUCCAAAACCGGACCCCGACCCUCCGACCCCAUGCACGGAACCGGAGCUGCCCGCCAGCUUGCCAGCUCCUCCUCUUCCUUCCCCUUCCCCGCCUCCUCCUCCUCCGCCGCCGCCGCCGCUUCUAGAGAGUGAGGAGGAGAACGUCGAGAACGGGCAGCAGGUGUCGUCGGAGCCAGCGGAGCAGGGAGACGCUUGCUCUCCCCGGGCGGCGGCCCCCCCUCCUCGCAAGCGGCCCCGGUACCACUGGUUCCCCAACUACGACAACUUUGAGAACGGCAAGUGGGCCACCGACGACAUCCCGGAGGACCUGAAUGCCAUCAACAACCAGGACGAGGAGUCCCGGUGCAUCAUGGAGUCCCCGCUCUCCCCCAGCUACGCGGCCCAGUUCGACACGGCCUUCCUGUGCACUCCCUUGGAGAAGCUCAUGGCGUGCCAGAAGAAGAACCCCGUCAGCGGCUUGAUCGAAUACACCCAGUACACCUACCAGCAUUGCGAGUUCGUCUUGCUGAAGCAGAGCGGGCCGUCACACGAGCCACGGUAAGAGAGGAGAGAGGGAGUGCUUUCUGGGGAGGGGGUUGUUCUUGCUCAGUGUUUAUGCGUUUGUCUCGGACUGUGCAGGUCAUUGGCAAAUAUGUUAAAAUAUGUUAAAAAGAAAAGUUUUCUCCGAAAGGAGAAGGGGAUUACUUUUGCUCAGGUUACGUUUCAAUGCAUUUGCCUCGGCUUUGUACAAGUCACUGCAGACAUUAAAAAGAGCAGUUUUCUUUAAAGCAAGAGAUGUGAAUUGGUUAAAAUGCUAGUGUGAUUGCAACUGGUUUAAGAUUGUGUGUUGCCCCUCUUCCUUUCACAACUGCUUUUGCGUAUUACUCUGCCCCAUAGGUUACAAAAGCCUCUUAAUAAGCAGGCAGAUGAGAUAUAUUUCAAGGCUUCCCUUAAAAAGGAAAGAAAGACUGUUUGUUUUAGCACUUUAAAUGCAGGAAUCUCUGUCCUUUCUUUCUUUUACAAAACACAUUCUUCUCAUAUUAACAAUUCGAGUGAUGACACAGCAGUCUCUGCUGAAUAAUCUAAUAAUGUCCCACAGCCCCAAGUCCGUCUAAAUUUAGUUAGUAAGCUCUGUGGAGCAAGGACUCGCCGUCUUUUAAAAACUCCACACAACGCUGAGAUGCUGGUGUCGAAACCCUGAUCUUCGUGUGUGGCGAUCGGUUUCCGCCUUCAGGGCUCUGAAGUUGGGGAGCGCAGGACAGAGGAACGAGCAUGAAUGGGCAGCAAUAGGAAGGUCUCGUUUCUGCUUGCUACAUCUCCUCCUUCAGGCCUGCGAAACAGCCACUUUCAAUUUAAGAAUCGCUUCCCACUGCCAGGCAGCGAAAGCCUCAGGGGGAAGGAGGAAGACUCAGCUAAGCGAGAGUAAAAUGCAGAACCCAACCACCUGCAUGCUGAAUGCAUUUCUCCUUCCUCUCUCUCUGUGUCUCUCUGUCUCCAAAUUUGAAAAGCGGUGCUUGGCGUGAGCUCUGCAGUCCCCUUUAGAGCCACAUUCCACCAUGGGCAGUCUUCCUGGGGCCACGUGCAAGCAGUGGGUGAAGCCAGAGGUGAAAGUGAGCAGGAAAAAGGCAUGCGAAAAUCGGGGAGUUUCUACACCCACCUACCCACAUCAUUCAGGCGAGCAAGAAGCAUUGCUGAAGUUCAAAGGCACAUUCUGUCCCGACAAAAGCACUUGAAGAGGGUGCAUGGAAGGGGGGGAUCAGCCUGGGGAGGGGGAUGUAGCCUGGGAGGUGCCCUGGGGGGCAGAUAGAGAGGCCUGGAGGGUGACAUUUGGCCCCCAAGCCUGAGGUCCUCCACCUCGGCUUUAGAAUAGCAAAUCUUCAGCUGCAGUUCCAAAGGGGGGGGGGUAAGCCCGCUGUGUGGCUAAUUAGUAGUUUUGCACUAGGCAAAUAUUAUGCCCCAUAAGUUCCUGUAUGGCUGGAGGAGUUCCACGCUGUCUGCUUCUGGCAGGGAGCAUCUGUUGCCAUGUGGGGGGGACCCGGAGCGUUCCUCUUCCCUCCCUCUGGCGCAUCGCUCUGAACAGUUGGGUGGGUUGGAUUUUAUUUUUACGUUCUUGCUUGGCUGCUCUUUAUAGCCACUGUGUUUUUAGAAACACACACACACGAGUCUCUUUCUGUCUCACUCCUUGCCUUUUCUAGGCACCAGCAGAGUGUGUGUGCCACCCUCUGGUACAUCAAUAGACCCGCUAGACAGGAAAAUUGGCCUACUUUUUUCCAUGAGAGCAGAUUCUUCCCAUGCAAAGGAGCCGGGAAAGACAAGCUGUGAGGACGGGGAGCUUGAAACCGCUAUGGGAUGUUUGGCUCUGUAGUCUCUGUUGCUACCUGGGCCAGUGGAGGCUGGUCCACUUGAACGUAUGGGGCUUUGCCCUGCCAACCUCAUUCUGCCCCCUCAGCCAGCUCUCACCUGCCUGCCCCUCUUUCUUGCAUCUGGCUUCCUCCCACUUAGCCUCAGUGUUGCCCUUGUAGAUCUCAGCAGGGAGGGUGGCUGUGGCAAAGCAGAAAUUGGCCGGCGCCACCUACUGUUGGGCUCCCUACCUUCGGCCCUACAAGCCCCAACAACGGGUCAGCAAGCUUUUUCAGCAGGGGGCCGAUCCACUGUCCCUCAGACCAUAGUUUUUUGGGGAAAAUGAAAGAAUUCCUACGCCCCACAAAUAACCCAGAGAUGCAUUUUAAAUAAAAGGACACAUUCUACUCACGUAAAAACACACUGAUUCCCGGACCAUCCGCAGGCGAUUGGACCGGAUCCAUGGGUAGGCCUUAUUUUGUCUACCCAUGCCCAACAAGCACCUGCCACCAUCAGCCGGGGCCUUUUUCUUCCUUGUCUUGCUUGUAGUGCUGCCGCAGUUUGAAACUGGGUUCCUUGGGAGUUUUAGUUUUUGGGGUGGGAUGGGGCUUCCUCCAAAGAGAAAAUCUGCAAUGGCAGUCCAGCUUCCCUGAAAGAGAACUGCUAGCACGUUCUCAAAACAGGGUCCAGUGUGGUUCCAAAUUGGACGGGGGAACCGCAUGUUGAUAUUCCUACAUUUCAAGGGGUUGGGCUAGUUGAGCUAUGGGGGGCCCCUUCCAACUCUACGAUUCUAUGAUUCACCUGGCAGCCUCUUUGUCUUGGCAGUGCACAGCCACAGAAGAGGGCUGGGCUUCUUCUAAGGGUACUGUUCCUUAGAACAGAGAGGCCUAGCCAGCUAGCAAGCUUUUAGAGCAUGCCCCACAAUUUUUGCUGUGCCCACAAGGAGGAAGGAGUUCUCCAAAGGCGCAAGACAGUGGUGGGGGAUAUCUCUGGCCUUCCAGCUUUCAUUGGGACUCCUAGAUCCCCACAGCCUUGGCCAGCAUGGCCAGUGCUCGAGUGCUGGUUCUGCCACUCCUGGUGUAAGUGCUGCACCAAUAAAAAGGUAAAGGGACCACUGACCAUUAGGUCCAGUCGUGACCGACUCUGGGGUUGCGGCGCUCAUCUCGCUUUAUUGGCCGAGGGAGCUGGCGUACAGCUUCUGGGUCAUGUGGCCAGCAUGACUGAGCAGCUUCUGGCAAACCAGAGCAGCGCACAGAAACGCCAUUUACCUUCCCACCAGAGCGGUACCUAUUUAUCUACUUGCACUUUGAUGUGCUUUCGAGCUGCUAGGUUGGCAGGAGCAGGGACCGAGCAACAGGAGCUCACCCCGUCGUGGGGAUGAAUCAAGGGGAUGCAGCUAAAUUAAGACUUAAUUGAUGCAAUGGUAGGAUACACACGGUUUAAACGGAGCCAGCGUACAGCUUCCGGGUCAUGUGGCCAGCAUGACUAAGCCGCUUCUGGCAAACCAGGGUAGCGCACGGAAACGCCGUUUACCUUCCCGCCAGAGUGGUACCUAUUUAUCUACUUGCACUUUGACGUGCUUUCAAACUGCUAGGUUGGCAGGAGCAGGAAACGAGCAACGGGAGCUCACCCCAUCGCGGGUAUUCGAACCACCGACCUUCUGAUCGGCAAGUCCUAGGCUCUGUGGUUUAACCCACAGCGCCACCCAACCCACAGCCAAAUUACAGUUUCCAGGAGUCUUCCGGGGGAAUCCCAACUGUUAAGGGUGCUGAGAGUCAUUAGGAGAGCAACUCCUUCCUAACAAAACCUAUUUGUAGAGGCAGACGGCUUGGAAAGGAGAACCAGUGUUCUGUAGUUGUCAGCAUCGGACUUGGGACCAUAGAAGCCGAGGCUCAAAUCCCUGCUCAUCCAGGACGUCCGCUGGGCUAAUCACACACUCUCGAGGCCUAACUGUGUGGUUAUCACUGCGAGGAUAAAUUGGGUGUCGGGCGAGGGGCACAUACACUGCCUUGAAGCUCCUUGGACAUAAAUGUGAUAAAUAAUGGCGCCAGAUUCACUGAUUAGCACACAUCCUCACCAUUUUGUGCCUUGUGUGUUUUGGUCAAGGUUUAAAUUCCAGGCGGUGAUCGAUGGUCGCCGGUUCCCCCCAGCGGAAGCAGGCAGCAAGAAGUUGGCCAAGCAGGAAGCAGCCGCCCACGCCAUGAAGAUCCUCUUGCGCGAAGUCGAGCACGAAGGGGAGGAUGGCAUGGAGCUGGAGAAAUCCUUAUAUGAGGACAGUUCUCUCAGCGAAGCAGAACUGGUGAGAGCGGCUCCCCACCCACCCCAGUAGCAGGCAGGGGCCAAAAGUAGAGCUCUCUGGAGCUACCAUUUCUGUGAAAAGCGGCUCCACCACAAUCCGAUUUCCAUAUAGAUUUAUUUUCUCACAAUGGAAGUGGCCCAGCUUCUUCUACUUGUUGUUGAUCUGUAAUAAUUAGGUGGUAGAUCUGCGUUAGGGUUUUUUUGGGGGGGUAUGUUUUUUGUUUCUUAAUGGUUGUUGUAAACCAUUUUGAUGUUUCUUGAGAAACUGUGGUAUAAACACACAUACGCAUCCCUACCUUUUAGUCGAUUGUUGGGAAUGCUGCCUCUGUCAGUGGAGAACAUAGUCAUCAAGGUUAGCCCAGAAAGGGUGUUGUUUAGUGAUAACAACGGCAAAAUGACAAGAGGAUUCGGAUAUUUAAUUUGGCACAACUUACCUGAGAAUCAACUUACCUGAGAAUCUUAAGGGAUGCGGGUUAAACCACAGAGCCUAGGACUUGCCAAUCAGAAGGUCGGCAGUUCGAAUCCCCUUGAUGGGGUGAGCUCCCGCUGCUCGGUCCCGGCUCCUGCCAACCUAGCAGUUCAAAAGCACGUCAAAGUGCAAGUAGAUAAAUAGGUACCACUCUGGCGGGAAAGUAAAUGGCGUUUCCGUGCGCUGCGGCUUAGCCCUGCUGGCCACAUGACCCGGAAGCUGUACGCCGGCUCCCUUGGCCAAUAAAGUGAGAUGAGCGCUGCAACCCCAGAGGCAGCCACAACUGGACCUGAUGGGCAGGGGUCCCUUUACCUUUACCUGAGAAUCUUCUGCUAUUCUAUUUUAUUUAAUGCAACAAAUAAUUUUAGUAGCUGUGACUGUGGUUUUAUUGUAUGUGUGGCGCCUGAUGAUUUUUAUGUUUUGGGGGUUUUUGGGGGUUUGUUUGUUUUUUGUUCUCCUUCUGAAUGAUGCCGUGGCCUACGGCUAGUGCAAUAAAAAGUUGGUCAAAAAAAUAUAUAUAUAGCAAAAUGAUUUUCCCCCACCUCCUUAAAUUAGGCUGCAAAAAUGAAGAAAGCUAGCCAGGUAUGGACUCAGGUGUGAAAGGAUUUUGAGCCGAGUUCAGUACUGUUGAAUAUAGAUCCUAAGGUCAUGAGCAUGAGGCACCCUGUCCUUUUAAUUCUUCACUGUUGGUCUUCGCACCUGACUCUGGUAGGCAGACCAUGGGGUUGUAGUAAACCGCAAAAUACAGCGGUGCCCCGCAAGACGAAUGCCUCACAAGACGAAAAACUCGCUUGAUGAAAGGGUUUUGCGUUUUUUGAGUCGUUCCGCAAGACGAAUUUCCCUAUGGGCUUGCUUUGCAAGACGAAACGUCUUGCGAGUUCUUGCAAGUUUGUUUCCUUUUUCUUAAAGCCGCUAAGCCGUUAAUAGCCGCUAAGCCGCUAAUAGCCAUGCUUCGCAAGACGAAAAAACCGCAAGACGAAGAGACUCACGGAACAGAUUAAUUUCGUCUUGCGAGGCACCGCUGUAGAUCUGUCUUGCCUGAUGUCUGCCCGCCCCUGCUGUAGUCUCUCCCCCACCCCCUGGGAAAUUAUCCACAAGCCCCUGGGGUUCUGCAACAGGCUAGUCAGUGGGGGAGGGUCUCCCCCAGGCUAGGGUGCCUGAAACUGCAGCCCUGUGAGCCAAAAUUUUGCCUCUGGGGAGAAGUUGGGGUCAGUGGAAGUUUUGUUGAGGGUGGUGGUCAGCUGGCUUUUACAGCCAUCCUUUCAUUUGCAUUUUAAAUUGCAUUUUAACCUGUAUUUUAAAUUGUGGGGGUUUUUUGGUUUGUUUUUUACUGUAAUUUUACUAGUGUUAGCCGCCCUGAGCCCAGCUGUGGCCGGGGAGGGCAGGGUAUAAAUAAAAUUUUUUAUUAUUAUUAUUAUUUCCUCUUCUGGGCACCAGGAGCAUAAUUUCCCAUUGGUGCCCCCCCCCGCCCUAAGUUGCCAAACCAGCAUGGUGCUUCAGUGAGAGAGAUACUGAAACAAAACAGCAGAAAGAGCCCCACUCUGCAGCGUCCUGGUACAACCCCUUCUUUAUUUCCUCCUCUCUUCCUUCCUUCCUUCCCUCUCCAGCCUGAGCAGACAGAGUCAGAGGCUUUGUCUACAACGCAACAGCUGAAUGUGCUUUCUGGGAAGAACCCCGUCAGCGCCCUGAUGGAAUACGCACAGAAGUCGGGGAGCGUCUGCGAGUUCCAGCUGCUCUCUCAGGAUGGCCCUCCCCACGAUCCCAAGUAGGUCGCGACUCGCGUUCAGAAGCGUGUGAAGCUCACAGCGUGGCGAAGCCCUAGGCUGCUGUUGCUCUCUGGGGAAUAGACCAGGACACAGGCACCACCUUUGGUUUUUUUUGGGGGGGUGAGGAUGGAGGGAGGGCUUGUUUCUUUAUUGCAAGAGUCCCCGAGGAUGUUUGCGCACGCACAUCAUCACCACCGGGAAAACCUCUUGUUUCUCCUUGUGCUGUAUUCAAAACCUGCCAAGGAGUCCAGAUCAUUUUGUUGUCUUUUAAAGUAAUUUGUAGAAAGUUCCCAUUCUUCCUUGAAGUCACUGUUGUCCUUUUCACGCAGUUUAUAUGUCAGUUUUGCCAAUUCCGCAUAGCUCAUCAGUUUUUCUUGCCACUGUUUUUUCGUUGGGAUUUCCUCAUUCUUCCAUCCUCGUGCUAACAAGACUCUUGCCGCUGUUGUAGCAUACAUAAAUAAGUUCUUUAUUUUUCUUGGCAGGUCUUGUCCUACAAUCCUUAACAAAAAUGCUUCUGUUUUUUUUGCCCUGGGUUCUGUUUAUUGACUGUGCAAGAGACAAAGCUCUCGGGGCUCGCUGCUAAAGAUCAAAAACAUUCUUGGCGGUCUUGCUUCAAGAGGCCUGACUUAAUCUCUUUUAAUUGCCUCUCCUGAGCCCCUUCAUUCACUAGGGCAGGUGUGGGAAGCCUUUGGCCCUCCAGAUGUGGCUGUGUGGCAGUUCUUAUCAGCUCUAGCCAUCAUGACUCGUGGGCAGGGAUGAUGGGGACUGUAGUUCAGCCACACCUGGAGGCCAAAGGUUAUGAGAGCACCCAGCCCACUAACCAGCUUUCGUCAACCGGGUGCCCUCCAGGUGUUUUGUACUCCAGCUCCCAUCAGCGCCAGCUAGCGUGGCAAACAGGUCGUGGAUGAUGGUAGUUGUAGGCCUCCAAUUUUUGGAGGGCCACAGGUUGAGGUAGGUUGGAAUCAGCCUUGCCUUUGCUUCCCCCCCAAAAAAGCAGCAGUUAUCUCAAAGGGGGACAGUCUAGGUUAUAAUAUUUGACUAGCUUGGUUUAGGUUAUAGUAUUUAGCAGUGUGCUGGGCUCUGCACAAAAUGCAGAGGAAGGUAUUGGCUAUGUCCAGUGGCUUGUCUGUCUAAAAGGAACUAAAAUCAAGAAACAUGGUGUUUUUUUGGGGGGGGGGGGGGACAGGCUUCCUCUCCUUUUUCUGUUCAAAGGGAGUGGGGGUUCUGGAAAAGACCCAGGCUCCACCUGCCUUCCUGCUGCAACCACUUUCUGUGUGAUCUACCUUCAGUCUCAAUAAGCCCAUGAACUCUCUGUCUUCCCCUUUUCCUUCGAUCAGGUUCAAGUACUGCGUGAAAGUGGGCGAACGCGUCUUCCCUGCCGUGGUAUCGAACAGCAAGAAGGGAGCGAAGCAGAUGGCCGCCGAGGCCGCCAUGAGGGGCCUCACUGGGGACACCAGCACCUUACCUGAACAGGUAUCCUUGUUGUUUAUUGUUUCUUAAAGGUAUAGACCGCCCCAUACCCAUAGAUCUCAGGGCGGUUCGCAACGUAAAAUCACAAUAUGAAAAACGCUCAGUACGUCAUGAAAAUGAGAACCGAGACAGGUCUCCCGGCCUCCUCUGUGCGCCGCGCUCCCUGGCCUCGAUCCAGCCUCCUCAUCAGCCUCUUUCUCUGUUUCCUUGGUGACUUUUUCAGACAGAGGCCCAGGGUGACCAGCCUGCGGAUGUGCCUGGUGUCCAGCCUGCAACUGUGGAAGAGGCAAAAGCCGCGAGCGCUAAGGGUGUCGGCGAGCUGAUUAAGUACCUGAACUCCAACCCAGUCAGUGGCCUCCUGGAGUAUGCCCGGGCCAAUGGCUUUGCUGCUGAGUUCAAGCUGAUCAAUCAGACUGGGCCACCCCACGACCCCAAGUGAGUAGGCGGAGUGGCUCUCUGCCCAGCCAGCCAGAGGGUUCUUUCCUUGUGUUGCUUUCAGAACAUAGAAAACAAAGCCCAGGCCCUUAGUCUCCAAUUCGAUUGUCAUCUUCUGGCUGGCAGGGGCUGUUCUGUCUAAAGGUCUUUCCCAAGCCCUGCUGCUUAAUCUCUCUUAACCAGAGAGACCCCGGGGGGAACUGGAGUCUUGUGUGCAAAGCAGGAGCUCCGCUGCUGAGCUACAGAACUUCUGUAUCGGAAAGGGCUCGCCUGCAUCGCCGAUAAGUCCUCGUGGUCCACUAGGGAACUGCCCUAGGCAGGAUGGCCAUUAAACAUAAGGAGAUUCUCGCUGCAGGAUCAGGCCAGCAGCUCUGCUCAUCCAGCCUCCUGUUCUCACAGUGGUCAGCCGUACACCACAAGGCAAAGCCCGAAAGCAGGACCCAAGCACAAGAGAAACUGUCUUGUGGUUUUCAUUAUUAUUACAGUGGACGCUCGGGUUGCGAACGUGAUCCAUGUGGGAGGCAUGUUCACAACCUUCAGCGCUCGCAACCCACAGCGCCGCGUCUGCGCACGCACAGGUUGCGAUUCACCACUUCUGUGCAAAGCGCAAUUUAGCGCUUCUGCGUGACCACUGAAACCUAGAAGUAACCCGUUCUGGUACUUCCAGGUUUCAGCACGUCCAUAACAUGAAAAAACACAACCUGAAGUGUCUGUAACUUGAGGUAUGACUUGUAUUAUCAUCAUCAUCUUCUGUUUUCUGGAUACUUGUCCACAGAUAUAUGAAAGUUCAUACUCAAUGCAAGGUGUGUUUUUAUAAUGCACCAGAAUGAAAGAAAGACUUUUAAAAAUCUAAAAAGGAACGGAAGGAAAAAGAGGGAAAUGGAAAGAAAGGAGGGGGGGACCCUCUCAUGUGGUUUUCAGCAGCUGGUGCCUCUGUGGAGGCAGAGAAUAGCCAUCGUGGUCUUUGAUAACCUUAUCCUGCAUUAAUUUGUCCAAUCCUCGUCUAAAGCCAUCUAGGUCAGUGGCCAUCACCCCCUCCUGCAGUAGCAAGUUCUGUCACUGUUGCCUGAAGUCCUUUUACAAGAGAGGGACUGUUGCCUGAUGCCCCUUUUACAAGAGAGGGAGAAAAAACGUUUCUCGGUCCGCUUUCUCCUGUUAAUAUGUCCUGCUCUGUCCUUGUGGCUAUAAUUUGUUCUCAAACUGUUUUUAAUAUUGUAUUUUAAAUCGUUGUAACCUGCCCUGGGACCUUAUGGCAAGAAAUUGAAUUAUUAUUAUUACGAUUAUUAUUUACCACAUGGUUGCCCUGGACUGUAAGCUGAGGAUGGGGCACCUCUUGGGGCCCUCCAGACGAGGUCAGGCUUCCAACACCUGUCCAGCCACACCUGGACGGCCUCAGGUGUCCCCCUCGGAGAGAUGUAGCGAUCCAGCCUGCUUGGUGGAAGUCCAGCAGCCUCUUAGCAGGCUGAUCUUAAAAACAGAACAAAGGUGGGGGUAGGACCCAGCCAGUCACUUUUCGGGCUUUACUCAAGCUUGCUGCAUUCUUUCUGACCUUUCCAACUCUCUCAAGCUCUUCCUGUGCAUUGUUUUCCUGCUGGGGCUCUUGAUUUUAUAGCGCCAACCUCACCCAGGGCCCCUCGGUUACUGAACCUGCACCUUCUCUGCUGAUUUUCCUCCUCCUGGCAGAUUCGUCUUCCAAGCCAAAGUGGGCGGCCGCUGGUUCCCGGCUGUCACGGCGCACAGCAAAAAGCAAGGCAAGCAGGAGGCUGCCGACGCGGCGCUCCGGGUUCUGAUCGGGGAGACGGAGAAGGCAGAGAACUCCGAAGGCAUGACCAUCACAGAGGUAACACUGCCACCCUCGCUUGCCUCUCCUUUCGCUGUUAAUGGGCCAUAUGGGAAGACCUUGGACCCGUAGAUGUUGCUGAACUACCGCUCCCAUCACCCCGAGCCAUUGGCCAUUCUUGCUGGGGCUGAUGGGAGUUGAAGUCCAGCAAUGUCCGGAGAGGCUUCCUUGCAGUUUGCUUCUCUCCCCUCUCACCUGGGCCUUGUUCUUCGGCUGUGAAAACUCCCGGCCUCCCCUUCUUCUUCUUCCAUCUCGCAGCUCCCUGUGAGCGGAAGCACACUCCACGACCAGAUCGCUAUGCUGAGCCACCAGCGGUUCAACACCCUGACCGCGCGUAUCCAGCACAGCUUGCUCGGGCGCAAGAUCCUGGCUGCCAUCAUCAUGAGGCGAGGGCAAGAGGGCCUGGGGGUCGUGGUGAGCAUCGGGACAGGUAAGAGACGCUUCUGGUCCGGGCAGGGGGAUUACUCAUAUCAGAGCUGGGAAGAAUCUUGCUUAAAAGCUCCAUUUAGCCAUGGCUAAGUGACUCUAAGGGAUGCGGGUGGCACUGUGGGUUAAACUACAGAGCCUAGGGCUUGCCGAUCAGAAGGUCAGCGGUUCAAAUCCCCACAACGGGGUGAGCUCCCGUUGCUCGUUCCCUGCUCUUGCCAACCUAGCAGUUUGAAAGCAUGAAGUAAAAGUAGAUAAAUAGGUACCACUCUGGUGGGAAGGUGAACGGCGUUUCUGUGUGCUGCUCUGGUUCGCCAGAAGUUGCUUAGUCAUGCUGGCCACAUGAUCCGGAAGCUGUACACCAGCUCCCUCGGCCAAUAAAGCGAGAUGAGCACCGCAACCCCAGAGUCGUCUGUGACUGGACCUAAUGGUCAGAGGUCCCUUUACCCUUUACCUUUAUUUAAAUGACUCUAAACUGGUGUUUCCCAAACUUGGGUCUCCGGCGGUUUGGGAACUACAAUUCCAGUCAUCCCUGACCACUGGUUCCUUCUAACUAGGGACAAUGGGAGUUGUAGUCCAAAAACUGCUGGAGACCCAAGUUUGGGAAAUCUUGCUCUAAACAAAAACUUUUUUUAAAAAAAAAGGUCAUGGGGAACAGAUUAUUUUUGGACACCACCCACUCAGGUCACUUCGUUCUCGCCCCCCCCCCCCCAAAGAAAAGCCAGGUGGAAAUGGAGUAAGCAGGCACCCUGCCUUCUUGUUGCUGUUCUAUUAAUGGAAUCUUGAGUGAAAUCAGAUCCAGCAGAAUUAAUAUGAGCUUUGAAAAGCCCAUAAAGCUGAAAGAGGAAAUGGGGAAGAGUUAUCACUCUUCCAGCUUCCUCCUUCAGCUCCAUGUGCUUUUCAGUGGAGGAAAAGACAGCCGCACUCAUCUCGCGACCCCAGGGGCAGCACAUGGAAGGGCUUAUGGAUGCCAGGGAAAACCCUGUACAACCACUAGCUGCCUCUUCCUCUGGGAAUAAGUGCCCUAUGUUUUGGGUGGUUUUUCUUUCAUGAAGAGGGUUUUAAAAUCAAACCCAGAAUGAAAUUGGAAACUAGCCUCAGCCGUCUUUUCGUUUAAUAAAUAAAUAAGUAAUCAAGGGGGAUAGAACAAUCGGAAUGCAAUUCAGCUGCUGCAGAAGGCCAAUCCGUAUAGAUUUGCUCUCGUUGUAAAACACAGCUUUGCAAGCGCAGUCCAUAUCGUGCACCUUUUCAAGGUGGAUUUGUGGAGUGUGUUACGUAAACUGUAGCACGGCAUCAGGUUCUACAGCAGGCUCAUAUUCAGUGAUGGCUCGCGAGUGACAACUCUUUGUCCCAGCAAACCGCCAAGGAUUCCUUGGUCUGUUGUUAAAAAAACACACACACAACAACCACCUGGAAGUAAACAAAUUCGGCUCUCCUUUUGUCCACACCAAGCCCUUCGUGUGGGGUCUGUUAAUGCAGUAUUUUCCUGACCGCUUUCUUUCUCCUCCUUGCCUCUCAGGGAAUCGCUGUGUGAAAGGGGAGGAGCUGAGCCUGAAAGGGGAGACGGUCAAUGACUGUCAUGCGGAGAUCAUUUCCAGGAGGGGUUUCAUAAGGUGAGGAGGCGGAAGCGGGAAGCCAAGCAAGGCCAUUCAGAAGAGAUCUGCCCAGAAUGGGGCAUGUGUUGAGUGCCCAGCCCCUGUUCCAGGACAGAAUACUAGGCACUGGUCCUACCUUGCAGUUCGUUGUGAGCGAUAUUGUGAAUGAAUGGAAUAUUUAAUGAUGGCAACCUUUAUCUGUAACACACAGGGGUGAGGAACUUGUUUUUUUCUGUUGAGAGAUAUAAUAUUUUGGGAGGGGACAGAGAGGCUGGUGGAGGGUGAGGCACCCCCUUUUCUCUUUCGCUGUCUACCCCUCUUUACAGGGUGGUGACUGGCAAGUAUGAAUAAUGAUACCUUAAAAUGAUGAAAUCUACAGUAAAACCCUAACACCGUGCAACAGUUGUUUUAUAAACUGCUUCCUGAUGGUUUGAAGCACCUAUUUAGAUUUUAACACAUCCCACUUUCGAGGCCACCAGAACCUCCCAAAGCCUGCAUUAAAAUUUCAAAACGGUAAACCUGUUUAAAAAGCAGUUAAACAAGGAGCAGGAGGGGGAAAGGAAAGCCAAAGAACUGAUUGAUUAAACAUUGCAGUCCUACUUGGGGGGGGGGGGCAGCCUUGCUAUGUGGGGCUUUACGGCCAAGUAAACGUGUGCAGAAUGGGGUCCCAAGGCCAGGAAGGUUGACCAGGCACCGCUUCACAUUGUGGUGGUGUUAUUCCAGGUUCCUCUACACAGAGCUCAUGAAGUUUGACCCCUUGGCACCCGAAGAUAGCAUCUUCCAGCCCCUGGAGGAUGGCAAGCUGAAGAUCAAAGACGACAUCACUUUUCACCUGUACAUCAGGUGAGCACCAGCUGGGGCCUGACCUGCGUGCAGCGGUGCAAGAUGGCUGAGGGGUGUGCGUGCCUGAUUGUGCUGCGUUUUGCAGGGGAUGUUGAAUGCAACACGGGGAAAGAGCUAUCGGGGAACCCAAAAAACAGCAAAGGGAAGAGUUGGGCAGGGGUAAAGAAGUGUUCCACACAGCAGGCAGACAGUGUGACGUUGAUUUUAUUUCCUACCCCUCCCCUUAAGGUCCCAGGGCAGGUCGCAACCAUUUAAAGAGCAGUUCAGAACAAAUUGCAGUCGCAGGAACAGGGUGGGGUCGCCCCAAACACACCGUUCAAGUGUCAAAAGGGCAGGGCAAAGAGGUGUGUCUUCAGCAUACAAUGAAAACCAUGUUAGUGAAGGUGACAGGCGCACCUCUCUCGGGAGGGAAUUACGCAGCUUGGGGGCAGCCGCAGAAAAGGCCCUGUCCAAGGCUGCUGCCCCCCAGCGAGUUCUGUGUGGGAGGUGGAACUGCCCAAGGGUCAGAUAGAGAGGCCUGCGGUUCUGCAUUUGGCCAUAGGACCUGAGCUGCUCUCUCCUUGGGCUAGAAGGGCCAUUUAGCGCAAUGCCUUUUAAAUUGCCGUUUUAAGAAUUUGUUUGAGCGCUGUUUCAGGUCGACCUGCUGAAAAGCAGCCCACACUGAUUUCUUAAUAGCCUCUCGGGUUCAGGGUGUGCCUUGUUCUUCUGCCCCCUAGCACGGCACCUUGUGGGGACGGGGCUCUCUUUGACAAAUCCUGCACCGACCAGGCCAAUACAGUGGGGGAAGGCCAGCACCAGCCGCUCUUCGAGAAUCCCAAGCAGGGGAAGCUGCGCACAAAAGUUGAAAACGGUGAGUGCCAGGGGAACUGAGCCCGGCGACUGGGGUUUUGUUGCUUCCCUUUCUCAGCUUUUACCUGUGCAGCCGGGUAUUCUGGUAUGCAGUUUUUUUAAGGAUACAGUUUCCAGCCUUCUAAUUGCCUUAUUUAUACUCAGUCAGUCCAUCCAGUAGCAGCAAUAACUUCUUUUCAUUGUAUGCAGACCAAUGCCUGUUGCAAUACAGAACGCUGAUUUUCUCUUUUUUAAAAUUGGUUAUUUAAUUAAAGUUUUUUGUGAUGCAGAUAAGCUAGGAAAGGUACAUAUAGCAUCUCCACCUUCAAUUCUGGGGAGGGGGGGAGAGAGGGGGAGGGAAAAGGCUGGGGGAAUAGUGGUCUUUUCAUUCUGUUGCGUAGUUUGUCCAUGGUUUUUGCGUCAGUGUCUUGUGGGCAGGCCCCUUGCAGUCAUACCUCAUGUUACAUUUGCUUCAUGUUACGUUUUUUCAGGUUGCGUCCCGCAGCGACCCGGAAGCACUGGAAAGGGUUACUUCCGGUUUUCGCCGCUCGCGCAUGCGCAGAAGCGCCAAAUCGCGCCACGCACCUGUGCAGAUACAGUGCUUCAGGUUGCGGGCUUUUCAGGUUGCAAACGGGCCUCUGGAACGGAUCACUUUCACAACCAGAGGUACCACUGUACAGAGGUACCUUGGGUUAAGUACUUAAUACUUUCCGGAGUUCCGUUCUUAACCUGAAACUGUUCUUAACCUGAAACACCACUUUAGCUAAUGGGGCCUUCCGCUGCUGCCGCGCCGCCGGAGCACGAUUUCUGUUCUCAUCCUGAAGCAAAGUUCUUAACCCGAGGUACUAUUUCUGGGUUAGCGGAGUCUGUAACCUGAAGCGUCUGUAACCCGAGGUACCACUGUAGCUGUUCGUUUUGCUUCUGGCAUUGCGAGGCUCCAAUGGCUGCCCCUCUGCCCAGGACACUAUUUCAGCCAGACUGAAAUGCUCAGGGAACUCUGGAGGGGUGUGCCCGGUUUUAUGCCGCGGGUGGCACUGUGGGUUAAACCACAGAGCCUAGGACUUGCCGAUCAGAAGGUCGGCGGUUCGAAUCCCCACGACGGGGUGAGUUCCUGUUGCUCGGUCCCAGCUCCUGCCAACCUAGCAGUUCGAAAGCACGUCAAAGUGCAAGUAGAUAAAUAGGUACCGCACCAGCAGGAAGGUAAACGGCGUUUCCGUGCGCUGCUCUGGUUCGCCAGAAGCGGCUUAGUCAUGCUGGCCACAUGACCUGGAAGCUGUACGCCGGCUCCCUCGGCCAGUUAAGCGAGAUGAGCACCACAACCCCAGAGUCGGCCACGACUGGACCUAAUGGUCAGGGGUCACUUUACCUUUUUACUAACAGCUGAAUGGAACCUCUCUGUGCAGAGGCGGCAUACCUUUUGAACACAUCAGGUGCUGGAAGAAGCCCUGGCCCCCAUGCCCUCCUCUCUGAAGAUCCAGCAGCACCUGUCUGGCGGCAGCGGCUGGAGUCAGCCAUCCUUGGACUCUAGUAUGGGUGUUUGUGUGGCCUUUGGGCCAUCCCAGCAAAGGCAGCUCCCGACUGGCUCCCUCUCUUCCUGCAGGGGAAGGCACUAUCCCGGUGGAAUCCAGCGACAUCGUGCCAACGUGGGACGGGAUCCAGCAUGGCGAGCGUCUCCGCACCAUGUCCUGCAGUGACAAGAUUCUGCGCUGGAAUGUGCUGGGCCUGCAGGGGGCGCUGCUCUCCCACUUCCUGCAGCCUGUUUAUCUCCGCUCAGUCACACUUGGUAAGGGAUCUCUCCAUCCUCCCGGUUGCUGGGUGUGGGGAUCUCGUAUCUCUUUUCUCCUGCCUUCUCAGCUAUAACCCCCCCCCCAAAGCACCUAUUACUUUACCCCACUCCAUUCCAAGAUGUCUGAAAGACCACUUCCUUCGCUACAGAGAUGCAGACCCUCUUGGGUGUUAAGAUCAGCAGGGGAAGGGCGGUAUUGGCCUGGGAGAAGAGGGAGCCUUCUCUGUGGCAGCCCCAGAAUUCCCUCCUAGCAGAGGCGCCCUGGUGCCUUGGCUGUGUAGCUUUCCGUGUACAUAGAAGUCACACCUCUCUCCACCCCCCACCCCCCGGGCAGCUUUGACACCAGAGAAACAUUUCCUGUUGUUGAUGGGGCAGACUGUCGCCAGUGCAUUGCUCAAAAACCUUUCCCUGGCUGCCAGGAUGCUGCCAAGCUGAGUUCAAGGUUCCUACAUUAAUUUUCAGCAUCCUUACUGACUUCGGUUCAGAAUAGCUUAGGAGUGCUUGAUUCCUUCUAUCCCUGCCUGGCCACUUAGGUUUUUGGAGAAGUUGAUGCACGUUCCAUAUGGUGGGCCCAGUUCUGGGAAGAGAUGCCCCUUCCCUGUUGAACUUUUUGGCAUCUGCUGGAGACUUUAAAAAAAAUAAUAAUAAUAAAUCCCAGCAGCCAUUCUUUCACCGUUCUGAUUUUACAGUUGGUUAACUGGUUUUAUCUUGAUUCUAUUUGUUGGGCUUGGUAUACACUGCCUAGAGAUAAUCAAAAUUAAGUGGUGUAUAAAUUGUGUUUUUUUUUAGGGGGGGGUUGUCCAUAUAUAUAUAGAGAGAGACCCUCCCAAAAAUCUUUGGUUUAACCAGUUUUAAUGCAGCACAUUUAAACUGUUGUAACCUGCCCUGGCAUGGCAAAGCACAAGUAAAAUAUCUGAUUAGCAGUAGUCGUAAAAAAAAUAAUGGGCACAGUCGGUGAGAAGACUCGAGAGCACAGAGACGCAAUUCUGCCACAAAUGACUCACCUUAGGGCAGUGGUUGGGAAACCUGUAGGGCUCUCUAAAUGCUGCUGUACUACAACUCCCAUUAGCCUUGCUGGCUGGGGGCUGGUGGGAACUGGAACCCAAGAACAUCCACACAGCCCAGUUUUCCCAUCCCUGCUCUAUAGGAAGCAAAAGAGGCUGUUGAGAUUUUGCUGCAUGUUCAUUUGGGUGUUUUCCCCCCUCCUCCUCCUUCUUUUGGGACCUUGGAAGCCCCCGUCUCAUGACAGGGACGCAGCAGGCCCUGGCUAUAAAUGUCUUAAAGGCAGCAAAGUACUCAAGACUUGUGUUAAACCUCUGUCCUUCCUGCCAAGAUGCAGCUGCUGCUAGCCCUUCCAAAUGUGGUGGUGCCCUUCAUGUUGAUGAAGCAGCUGAUCUGUGCCCCUUUUUUUCAAAAAAAUGCCUGCGCCAUCAACCUCGUUUUGUGUUCCCUUUCCAGGCUACUUGUACAGUCAAGGUCACUUGACGCGUGCCAUCUGCUGCCGCAUGUCAAGAGACGGCAACACAUUCCAGUCCGGACUCCCCGAGCCGUAUUUUGUCAAUCACCCGGAGGUAACCGCUGUUUGAUUCCCGUUGCAGUUUUAAUUCCUUGUCUUCCUCCUCCUCCUUCAUCAUCAAUUAUUUGUAUGCCACCUUCCCAUAGUUCAGUCGUGCUCAAAGCAUAGGUGUCUGGAACUUUUCACUAUGCAGCUGCAAUAUUUGUCACUUACGGUCUAGCUGAGAUUCCUGCAUAGGUUGGACUAGACAACCCUUGGGGAAUGGCUCUCCAACGCUACAAUUCUACAAUUCUAGUUUGGAGGAGGGAAAGCAAGUAAGUGGGGGACAUUAUAGAGAAAUUGGACUGAUGGGAGGAGAGUCUUUUCUCCCUCCUUAGUAUUCAGACUGGCCUCAUCCAACAAACCUGAAUGUUGGAAGAUUCAGGACAGGCAAAAUAACGUACUUCUGCACAAUGGACUGCUGAGUUUGCUGUCGCAAGAUGGGGCAUAAUCUUCUUUUUCUUUGGCGAUCACUCGUAGCCAAGUAAGAUUCUCUUUCAUAAACAUGGUUUUAAUAAUGAGUCCAUAACUGGAGGUCAGUUCUGGAUCCACACGUCCUUCCACAGUGGGGACAUUGGUUUCCGGGCACAAGUUGGUCACAGUGUGGAUUUGCCAAGCGUGCCUUCCUCUUAGCACGUUUCUCCCUUGCGCCCUGAGUUUUGAGUGUCUUCAAAGCCCAUGACACCUUUGGUAAAGGCUGUUCUCCAACUGGAACGCUCGCAGGCAAGUGUUUCCCAAUCGUUGGUGUUUAUACUACAUUUUUUUACAUUUGGCUUGAGACAGUCUUUAAACCUCUUUUGUUGACCACCAGCAUUACGCUUUCCAUUUUUAAGUUUGGAAUAGAGUAGUUGCUUUGGAAGACGAUUGGUUUGGAAUAGCCACCAGAUUGAAUGGCUUUAAAAGGGAAUUGAUACAUGCGUGAAGGAUAAGGCUGUCAGUGACUGCUAGGGCAUGUUCUUACCUCUGCUGUUGAAGGCAGAAUGCCUCGUGAUUCCCAGAAACUGGUAUUAGAAGUUGGAGAGAGUUGCUCUUGGGCUCAGGUCCCGCUUUCGGGCUUCCCUUGAGGCCUCUGGUUGGCCAUUGUGAGAACAGAAUGCUGGACCAGAUGGGCCUGAUCCUGCAGCCUGGCUCUUCUUGUGUUCUUGCACGUUCUGUCCUAUCCUUAAGACUUGGGAUUCACAGGAGUUUUUGCUAAAAAGAGCCCACAUCAAGGGCAACACAGCACGUUGCAAUGGUAACAACCAGUGUCUCCUGCCCUGCAAAAUUUGGGCUUUGUUUUCCAAAUGUAACUAUGCCAGAAAACGAGACCUUAGGUUAGGCUGAAAACUAGGGCUGGGAGAUAAAUUGAAGUGUCAUCCAAAAGCAGUUUGAAGUCCAUAUUGUGGCAUUUUUGACCUGGCAAUAUAUCGUGAAUUUUGGCGUGCGUGUGCUGUGCCAAAAUCACAACGUGGGAAAAACUCUGAAGCCAGCUAGUGCCUCUACCUAGGUCCACCCUUAUAUCAGAGAUCGUGAUAUAUCACUCUUAACAUGAUGUUUAGCUGGCGAUAUAUCGCAGUGUUGAAACCCGGUCCUGGUGAAACCACUGGAUACACUGUUUGUUAUAUGUGUAUAUUGAGCUCCCGUUGUUUGGUCCCAGCUCCUGCAGUUCAAAAGCAUGUCAAAGUGCAAGCAGAUAAAUAGGUACCACUCUGGCGGGAAGGUAAACGGCGUUUCCGUGCGCUGCUCUGGUUCGCCAGAAGUGGCUCAGUCAUGCUGGCCACAUGACCCGGAAGCUGUCUGUAGACAAAUGCCAGCUCUCUCGGCUUAUAGAACGAGAUGAGCGCUGCACCCCCAGAGUCGUACGCGACUGGACCGAACGGUCGGGGUACCUUUACCUUUAUACACACACACACACACACAUAUACACACACACACACACACACACACACACACACACACACAGAAUAUUCAGCUUUGCUAUCUAUCUCUUUCUGUCUCUCUCCCAACACAGGUUGGCAGAGUCAGCGUCUACGACUCCGCAAGGCAGACGGGGAAGACAAAGGAAUCCAGCGUCAACUGGUGCCUCCCUGAUGACUCUGAAGUCGAAGUCCUGGAUGGCACAAAAGGCAAAGUAGAUGGGUAAGAGUGGGACACAGCUAUCGGAGGGGAGGCAUAGAGGGGUAACCAUAACAUCAGGCAUGGUUGGGUGGCUGCUUCCAGUGGGUGUGGGAAGCAGAUUUUUGGCUGCCUUUGUUUUCAUGCAUAUUCCAUCCACAUGCUCGGGGCCAGCAACAAAACUGACACUGGGUGAGAUAUAAGAAAAGUGAGUAAUUUGUGGGGGAGCACUGCCUGGUGUGGAUGGGGGGGGGACACACACGCACACUUCCUUUGCACCAAGAUGGUCCCAGGCAUCUCCAGGCAGAGCAGAGAACACACCCAACCUCGCACAUUCUUUCAGUGUAGGUCUGUGUGGCCAAACUUGGCCCUCCAGUUGUUUUUGGACUACAACUCCCAUCAUCCCUAGCUAACAGGACCAGUGGCCAGGGAUGGUGGGAAUUGUAGUCCCAAAACAGCUGGAGGGCCAAGUUUGUCCGUCACUGGUGAAGGUAAUGCGAGCUGGACGGCCCCAACAGUUUUGACACAUUCUUACGAAAGAUCAGCACAUUCUUUCUGUCGUCCAGUUUGAAUUGCUAGCACUGGCGACUGCCGUGGGAAAGCCAGGAGGACAACGAAACACUUAGGCCUCCCUCCUGGAGUCCUUUUCCUUUAUGUUCCUUCCUUCCUCAGACCAAAACUGGACGUGUCCCGGGUCUCCAAGAGGAACCUGUUUGCACUCUUCCAAUCGCUCUGUGCCAAGAUGGAUCGCAAGGCCCUGCAGAAACUGACCGUGUACUCGGAGGCCAAGGAAGCGGCCGUCACAUACCAGAGUGCCAAGCGGCAAUUCUUCUGGGCCCUGCAGGAGAUGGGCUACGGGAGCUGGAUCUGCAAACCCCAAGAGGAGAAGACCUUUGGCCCGUCCGAAGUCUAG